AAUCACGUUUCCAUUCAUUCAACUUUCUUCGCCCAUACGCUUUUGGGGUUUGGAUCCCGAGCUUGAGAUUGUUCCCCAUGAAAGCGAUUUCCUCGUCUCCUCUUCCUUCGUCCUUUCCUAAAUCCUCACCUGCCAGGUCAUGUUCUGAUAUCCGAAGUUCUACCUAUGUCACUUGCCAUUCGGAUUGUUGCAAGUCAACUUCUCAAGCAUCUUUGUUUUUGUGUUCUAGCUCCACCAAUAGAAAAAAUGGAAAGCUUGGGGGACCAUUUUGUUUGAAUCCCUCUGGCAAGAGAAGCUUAGUUGGUCCAACAUCAUAUUCCGUGGACACGAGUGUGUAUGAUCUGACUGCUUUAGAAUCUCCUUCCCAUGCUGUUGAAGAAGAAGCUGGCGUGCUGCUUCUCAAUCUAGGAGGACCGGAGACUUUGAAUGAUGUUAAACCUUUUCUAUUUAAUCUUUUUGCCAAUCCUGAUAUCAUUCGUCUCCCGAGGUUGUUUCGGUUUCUCCAGCGACCAUUGGCAAAAUUAAUUUCUGUACUUCGGGCUCCUAAAUCCAAGGAAGGGUAUGCUGCUAUUGGUGGUGGCUCUCCUUUACGCAAAAUUACAGAUGAUCAGGCACUUGCACUUAAAAUGGCUUUGGAAGCAAAGGGCCUCUCUUCAAAUGUCUAUGUUGGGAUGCGGUACUGGUACCCGUUCACUGAAGAAGCAGUUGAGCAAGGAAGAUGCAUAUUUGUGUAGGCUUCCUGUUUCCAUUAUAAACUCAUGGUAUCAACGAAAAGGUUAUAUUAAGUCAAUGGCUGACUUAAUUGAGAAAGAGCUCGAGAGUUUUUCUGAACCUAAGGUAAUGAUAUUUUUCAGUGCCCAUGGUGUUCCAGUCAGCUACGUUGAGGAUGCUGGUGAUCCAUACCGAGAUCAAAUGGAGGAGUGCAUCUUCUUGAUCAUGAAAGAGUUGAAAGCUAGAGGAAUUAGAAAUGAGCACACUCUUGCUUAUCAAGUCGAGUGGGUCCUGUACAGUGGCUGAAACCGCAUACAGAUGAAGUUCUUGUUGAGCUUGGCCAAAAAGGUGUGAGGAGUCUUUUAGCUGUUCCAGUGAGUUUUGUGAGUGAGCAUAUUGAGACCCUUGAAGAAAUUGACAUGGAGUACAAGGAAUUGGCCCUUGAAUCUGGCAUCAAGAAUUGGGGUCGUGUCCCUGCCCUUGGUGUUAAUCCUUCCUUUAUUACAGAUUUGGCAGAUGCGGUAAUAGAAGCUCUCCCAUCGGCAAGAGCAGUGUAUGCACCAACUAGCCCCUCUGAAGAUGAUCAUGACCCAGCUAGAUAUUUUAUUAAGAUGUUCUUUGGUUCAAUCUUGGCAUUUGUCUUGUUCUUGUCACCAAAAAUGAUCAUGGCAUUCAGGAAUCAUGUCAUUUAGAAGAAUUAGGAACUGCUUGCUGAUUUUGAUCUGCAAGCUAUACAUAGUUGAAGCUUUCGAUAGCAUUGUAUACCUGGUCUUUUUUGCCUUCGUUUUACUCAUUUCAACCUCAACAGUAUACAACAGUAAUAACACAUAUGAAGAAGGGAUUUUUUGCACUUGAUCAUAAUGGGAACUUGCACGCCGACUUUAGAGUAUUCAAAGAAAUAGUCACCAGCAAUUAGUUCCAGUGCUACUUUUCUUUUCUUUUCUUUUUUUUAUCACUUUGUCCCAUGUGGGGUUUACUGACAGAAAAAAUUAUAAUUUAGCCUAAUUUUAACAAUGGCUGAUGAGCUUUUGUCAUUUCAUCAGUCUGAUGUUUGUCAUGCGUAUCAACUACUGAGGAAAGGAGGCCUAAAAGAAAAAAACAUUAUUGUAUUUAUGUAUGAUGACGUUGCUUAUAACGAAGAGAACCCCUGGCCUGGAGUCAUCAUUAACAGCCCACAUGGAAAUGAUGUUUACAAAGGAGUCCCGAAGGAUUACGUUGGUGAACAUGUUACUGUUAACAACUUUUUUGCUGCUAUACUUGGAAAUAAGUCAGCUCUUACUGGUGGCAGUGGGAAGGUUGUGGAUAGUGGUCCAAAUGAUCAUAUAUUUAUAUACUACUCUGAACAUGGGGAUCCAGGAGUGCUUGGGAUGCCUACUAAUCCGUACAUGUAUGCAUCUGAUCUGAUAGAAGUCUUAAAGAAAAAGCAUGCUUCUGGAACAUAUAAAAGCCUAGUAUUUUAUCUAGAGGCAUGUGAAUCUGGGAGUAUCUUUGAAGGUCUUCUUCCUGAAGGUCUGAAUAUCUAUGCUACAACAGCUUCAAAUGCAGAAGAAAGCAGUUGGGGAACGUAUUGUCCUGGGGAGUCUCCUAGUCCUCCCCCAGAAUAUGAAACCUGCCUGGGUGACCUGUACAGUGUUGCUUGGAUGGAAGACAGUGACAUACACAAUUUGGGAACAGAAACUCUACAUCAACAAUAUGAAUUGGUCAAAGACAGGACUCCCAAUGGGAAUUCACUCUAUGGUUCCCACGUGAUGCAGUAUGGUGACAUAGAGCUUAGCAAGAAUAAUCUCUUCCUAUAUUUGGGUACAAAUCCUGCUAAUGAUAAUUUUACUUUUGUGGAUAAAAACUCAUUGGUGCCACCUUCAAAGGCAGUCAACCAACGUGAUGCAGAUCUCGUCCAUUUCUGGGAUAAGUUCCGCAAAGCUCCUGAGGGUUCUGCUAGGAAAGCUGCAGCUGAGAAACAGGUUCUGGAAGCAAUGUCUCACAGAAUGCAUAUAGACAACAGUGUGAAACUUAUUGGAAAGCUCUUAUUUGGCAUUGAAAAGGCUCCAGAAGUGCUAAGGAGUGUUAGACCUGCUGGGCAUCCCCUUGUUGAUGACUGGGACUGCCUUAAAACACUGGUUAGGACUUUUGAGACACAUUGUAGAUCCCUGUCUCAGUAUGGGAUGAAGCAUAUGAGGUCCUUUGCAAACUUCUGCAACGCUGGAAUACAGAAAGACCAAAUGGCUGAGGCCUCAGCACAAGCCUGCGUCAAUAUUCCUGCAACUCCCUGGAGUUCUCUGCACAGCGGUUUCAGUGCAUAAUUCCUAAAAUGCGCUCCAUUAAAGACCCGACGUAUAAUCAUUGUGGCAUUAGGCUUAAUCGUUGUUUGAAAUUUAUUUGCUGUACUUUGGUCAUGAUUUCUUACACAGACUUUGUAAAUACAAAUGGGACGCUGGGGGGUGCCUCUUUACAUUGUAACUUCGUGCAAAAUAGAAGCUGUAACGAAGGCAUUUUACUUGAGGAGAGAGAGUGGAACAGCCAUCAUAAGGGCCCUUGGAACUUAUAAUAUGACAAGGCACAAUGUCGUGUUUGUAUGUCAAUGCUUUAAUGUACUUAGUAAAAUAUAUUUUC